AUAUGGAGCUCCAGGAGUAGAAUUCGAUGGCCAGCAUGCGCAGGGUGAAGUGGACAAUGGAGUCACCAGACUUUACUUCCUUCCCGGCGAGGGCCGAAUCAUCAGCGUGCUGGAGGACAACUCGGUCCACAUGUGGGAGUGGAACCUCAAGGAUGGCGAGUCCGUGCUCGAGCUUACAAAGUCACUCAGCGUCGAAGAGCAGAAGAAGGUGUCUACAUGCUGUCUCACCAGCAGCGGGGAAGCUCUGCUGGUGGGCACCGAGGGAGGCAACAUCUACCUGAUGGACACGAAGACGUUUGAGUUGAUGGACAGUGUCAUCUACCAGGACGUUGUCAUGCAGAACGUGCCGGACGACUACAAGGCGACAUCGCCGGGAGCGGUUGAAAGCAUCAUUGAGCAUCCGCUGAAGCCUCACAAGUUCCUCAUCGGCUACAGCCGCGGCCUGAUGGUGCUCUGGGACAACAAGUCGCUCAACGCCGACCAGACCUUCAUGACGAACCACCAACUGGAGUCGCUGGCAUGGGUGCGUGGUGGUGACAAGUUUGCGAGCGCUCACAACGAUGGCAGCUACAUGGUGUGGAACACCCUCAGUGCACUCGAUCUCUCCCACGGAUCGACUACACCGUAUGGUCCGUUUCCGUGCAAGGCAAUCUCGAAGAUUAGUUACAUGACAAGUUCAGGUGAGCCGUACGUGGUGUUCCGCGGCGGCAUGCCGCGCGCGAGCUACGGAGAUCGCAACACCGUCAGCAUGAUGCGUGGCGACGCCCACGUCGUGUUCGACUUCACGUCCAAAAUCAUCGAAUUCAUCGUCCUAUCAGAUGCCGAGGAGAAUGACGGUAGGUGGACGACCCUCACACUCUCGUCGUGCUAUCUUCAUGGAGAUCUACGUGCACAUCGUCAACGACCGCGACACUUCGGUCAUGCGAAGGGACACGAGGCGCUCACGCCCAAACGACGGCCCGCUGAAGAUAGCCCGCUGGGGCUACCAGCCGGUCACCGUGCUUCAGAUGACCCGCCGGCCGCCUGCACCGCUCUCGCGCUGCACUCCGACUGGGGGCUGGUCGCCGCCGGCACCGCGCACGGCUUCACCCUGUUCGACUACGUGCAGCGGCGCGCCGUGAUGUCGCGCUGCACGCUGAACGCGUCCGACAUGCGGGCACGGGCAUAUGAGCAGAACGGCAUUGGCGCGCCGCAAACCUCAAGCAGUCGCUGCGCGAGUCGUUUCCGCGGCUGGCGCACAAGCAGACGCGGCGAGGAGAGGCCGCGGGCGGCGACGAAAGAAAGACGCAUGCUGGCGAAGAAAGAUCGACCAUCUACAACUCAACCGCAGGUUCUAUCUCUUAUUCACGUCUCACGGUGGAAGUGUUCUAGCAAAAAAGAGAAGGAGCAGAAAGAUAAGAAGGAAAAGAAAGAAAAGAAAGAAAAGAAAGGGAAAGAACGUAAGGGCAAAUUAUCAGUAGAAGAGAAGGCAGCAGCCGAGGAGAAACACGAGGUGAAGGAGGAAGAGGGUGCGUCGAAGAAAGAAACUGAGGAGGAGGUUAAUAAGGAGGGAGAUGUCAAAGCUGCAGAGAAAGUCGAUAAAGAGAAUGUCGAAGAGACAGUAGAGGAGAAGAAACAGGAAGAGAAAGAGCCAGAAGAGAAGUCAGAGGAGAAAACUGAUGAGAACGAAAAGGAAGAGAAAACCGACGAGGAGGAGGACAAAGAGGAGGAGCUUCCUCCGCUGAUCAUCGAAGAAGAACUACCAACGCUGAAGAUAGAAGAAGCCAACGAGGAGCAGGAGGCACCAGCCGAGGCAAAAGAAGAGAAAGAACAGGAGAAGGAGGAGGAGGAGAAGACAGAGGAGGUCAAGGAAACUAAAGAGGACAAAGAGGUGGCUGUUGUUGUGGAAGCGGUGAAGCCAGCCGUGGAUCUAGCGGAGGAGAAGAUUCGUACUGUGGAGCGACAGAUUGAGCCGCGAGCGAUGGAUGACAGCAUGGCGUCCAUGGUGCGCAGUCUCCUGCUCACCCAGUCCUUCCUCAUCAGGUAAGGAGGUGCAACUGAAGCACAGAGCGCCAGUAUUAGCGAUGACGAUCACGGAUGGCACGGGCUGCCCUCUACCGGACUCCGCAGAUGUGAGGAGCGAGCGGGCGAAACAACCCGACAUGAAGGCCGGUCACAAGAUCGUCAUCGCCUCGAUGGAACAGUUCAAGACGAUGAUUAUGCGGAGUGGUGUCUAUCGUGUCUGUCGAACCAGGGAGACGUGAGCACCUAUAAUGUGCCUCAGCUGAGGAAGCAGCUGCAAGCAAGCUGCACGAGGAAGGAUGACAUCAGCGGCAUCUCGUCUGCUCUCUUCACGCAAGACGGCGAGGGAUUCUAUCAGAACAGCUCAAGCGAGCUGACUCGCUUCACCAUAUCCGCUCGCAAGCGCACGCAGCCGCACUGCCACCUGGUGCUCGCCGAAGGCAUGCGUCCAGCCCCGCCCGAAACGCUCGAGGAGGAAGAAAAGAAACCCAAGGGAGAGGAGGAACGUAAAGAGAGUGGGGAGGAGAGUAAAGAGGAGGCAGCAACUGAUGAGAGCCAGCCGCCAUCGGCUGAUGUUACCGGCGACAUAACGCAGGAUAGCAUAACCGAUCACACGGCGGUUGCGAGCGCCGCCGCGGAAAAGCACGAUGAGAAGCCAGCAGAGGGCGCUACUGCUGAGACUGAGAUGGAUUUUGUAAGAAUAGGCGAGGGCGCGGGCGAGGCAGCCGAUGACAUCACGCGUGACCUCUACCACGAGGUCGUGGUCGAUAAACCGUCUCUUGUCGACUUCUCGCGGUCGGGCGGCCCGAGCAUCAUCACCGUCGAGAUGGUCACCGACAGUUUCCCCGAGGAGGUGCUGCUGGAGGAGCCGGAAGCCGAGGAGAGCGAGAAGCAGACUAGGACGACGGAGGCUGAUGGCACGGUCGUCGUGACGACGGUGAACACGCGCGUAGAGACGACGCGCGAGGAGCAGGAGGCGGCGACGAUCACGCUCAAGGUCACGACGGUCACGACGACGAUUGUGAAGGAAGGCAGCGAGGGAAAGUCACGGCAGGUGCUCACCGAACGCAAGAUCAUGCGCAUGGAGCAGAAACGUGCUCCCGUAGGGGGCAGCGCCGCCGCCGCCGACCCCAAGGACGCAGUCGCGGAUGCUGUCGUUGAGGAGACGGUUGUCGAGGAGACCGUUGUCGAGGAUGCGGUUGCUAGGGAUGCACCGGCGAGCGCGACGGAGGCGGUUGCCGAGAGGCAGCAGCCAAUCCUGAUACUCAAGGAACCGGAGCCGCGGCUGAUGAUCGAACAACCGGAGCCUCGCCUCAUGAUCACCGACUGUGACGCCGCCGCCGCCGCGCGGGAGGGGGAAGCUGACAGAGAGGAAGCUGAGAGGAGAGUGGAGGUGACUACGGAGGAGAGCUCUCAGCUCGUUGAGGAGGUGCUAGCGGAGGUGAGGGAGGCCUCCUACCAGGUGGAGGCGACACCAGGGGGCGCUGCGAUGGAUGACGACGACCACGUCGGCUCCCAGCGUAUCGUCAUUGGCAACGACAGCUUCCCAGAUGAAAUCAUCCUCGAAGCGACGACGGCGUCGACGGCCGAAUGCGCGGUGGCGCCACCUACCGUGGGCGAACAGGAGGAGGCACAACCAUCAGCCGAAGAACAGCAGUGGGCAGCACUGGAGCACGAAAUCUCUGAUGAGCAUGUCACAACGACGCAAGUAACUGUAGUGGAGCAGGCGCCCUCUGGCGACGAUCAUCAGCCUCAGACGGAGCUGACCACUGAUGGCACCGGGGAUUCACAUGCCCCCCUCGCCAAGAUAGAGGAGCUAGACGCGUACAUAGAGGAGGUGACGGCCAUCGAGGAACAGGAGGAGCGCGCGACGCUCAAGCGCAUGAAGAAGAAGGCGAAGAAGGAGAAGGAGAAAGCAAAGAAGUAGAUUGCUGAGAGUUGACGAGAGAGGAGGAGGAGGGGACAUUGCCCGUGCAGUUUUUUGUAUUGUUAAUUUAUAGCUAUAUCCGAGAGAGAAGUAAGCGAGGGAGAUGGGGAGAGAGGGGAGAAGGAGGAGGGAGACAAGAGAGAAGGUGGUUGUGUGUAUCCCUGCGCCAGGCUGUGAUGGUGGCCCGUGUCAUUUCGCAUUGUGGCAAUAGAAUGGCAACACACCUACAAUCUGUUGUUCCUCAAUGUUUACAGCUAUUUUUUUUUAAUUAAUGCUUGUUUUUUCUCCUUGAUUACAUAGCGGUUGUAAGGUAGCUUUUGCAUUCAAUUAAGAGGUCAUGAUUUUCCGUUAAGUCGCAGAGUUAGUUUACCGUAGCAUUUAGAAAGCACUGUCGCUGCACCAUGGUUGUGUGAGUGCUGAAGCUGAAUAGUCAGUUGAUCAUGUCGGUUGUGAUUUGUCGGUAGGUCGGCCGAGUUGUGCUCCGCGCGAACGAUGCGUCGCUAGCUAGCUGUGCGGUUGUGGAUGACAUCGUAGUCUUAGUCAGGAAACGUUCUCACUGCGUAUGCGCGCGCGCGGGGUGCAGGGUUGUGACGUAAGUUGGUUAUGUGUUGGCAGGCGGUGGCCGGUGCCGUUCAUUGCCACGCUGAGAGUGAACGGGCGAUCAUCACAGCUGGGGGGGUGAAGCACAAAGUAGAGCCAUCGUGUUAGCUGGUGCGUAGGAGGAGGGUGAAGGAGCGGGGGGGAGGGACCGCUACGGAGAGGGGGCAUCUCACCAACGAUGUGGUUUAGGCGAUGCAUGACCCCCGUGAGAGCCCUGUUGUGUGGGGGUCUAGGUGAGCGUGUGUAUUGUCUGUGAGCGUGCGGAAUGCUGCCUUCGAAACCCUGAUGCGAUUUUGUUGUCAUGGUAACAGCCGAUCAGCCGAAGACCAUACGCCUACCAGUGCUACCGUGCUAUUACUACGAUUAAUACUUGUUUGCAAAAGUAGCAUUGGAGUGGUGACGGAUGCAGGGGGGCACGCGCACCGCAUUCUCUGAUGGGCAGGGGGAGGCACGCUCUGCCUGCUGACCGUUUGCGACUACUUCAGAUAGAGGUGUGCUCUCUCUCCGCGCCACCGCGUCUGCCAUUGCUCGAACAAUGCCUCUAGACUAGGGUGGUCACCGACCCCACCACCGGGGUCGGGGGUCCGGCCACGCCCAAGACGUGGGCUCUAGCGGCAUUCGAGGCAAGGGGUCAGGCUGUCUCGACAUUAUGGGUCAGAACAAGGUUUUGGGGGACAUCUCAGAUGACGGGGGCCACCUUAGAUAAGGGGGCAUCUCAGAUGAGGGGGGUCCACCUUAUAUGAGGGGGGCAACCUAAUAUGAGGUGGGGUGCACAGUUCUUGUAGUGGUUGUGAAGAGGUUACGUUGUCGACGCUGCGUCAGUUUGUCUCGUGUCGGCAUGCCUAUCCCAUCGUGCCUUCCGUCGUCACCGUCGUCGUAGCUGGCGACGACGACGACGACGUCAGAUGUUUUCUACCUGUCCGUGUAAAUGCUUCAGUGUGUGUGUGUUUGCUUCGUCGUGCGUCGCAGGUACGAGAGAGAGUGUCAUCAUGCUCGCUUAUACAGCUCAUUGUUGGCACAGCUCAUGUUCAUUGUUGCCACGCGUGCGGCUGCAUGGUUAUGCUAGUUACGCUUUCCGUGAAUCGAACGCGUUUUUUACGUGGGAGAAGGGUGAAGCGGUUUUACAUUUUAUAUGAAGCUGUAGUAGCGGCUAGCUGGUUGUGUGUAGCGGGUGUUCACUGAUGCGUUUAUACGUACGUUCACGCGUUGUUUGUAAGCCGCUUGCGCGAAAUAUGGCCUUUUGCCCAUCUGAAAGUCGAGUUGCUGUUUGCGUCAGGUAUUGCAUGCUGCGCAGCGGGCAACCGGCGACGAAGCAUUUUUUUUAGGUUGUUUGUAGUUUGCGGUGGCUAGCGCUACAUCCUGUACAUAAAAAUUUAAUAUAAUGUAGCGGGUAGCAGUCUUCUUACGCCGUAUGUAGCUGUUUUAGUCAUUAAUCUUGUACACUUGUUAUAGAGAAAAAAGUCACGGUAUAUAUAUAUAUAUAUAUAUAUAUGUAUAUAUAUACCUAUUCGCAUAGCAAAUAGAAGCACAUGUUAAUUGCAUUUAUGGUGGAACAUGUGCUAGUAGAACCUGCAUAAAGCAUAUAUAUAUAUUACUGCAUGACGUUUUAUGUGUGUCUGUGUGCGUGUGUCGAAACUGCUGUUAUAGGGAAUCAUGAUCAUGUGUCGCGUUGGUCUUGGGAAGGCUGAACUUGACAAAUGGCGAUCUGUCGAAUUCACUCUUUCACAGUGCGUAAGAUCUCAUGAGCUAAGAGGACGUAACCGUAUGUGGUUGGUAGGGAGUGUGACGGAGGAAGGGGGAAGGGUCGAGAGUCGGGCACAUGUCUAGCGUAAGGCUGGGGAGGAAAGCGAGACUCCAACAGUGAAACCGUGCACGCUGAAUUGUUGUUUCAUGUUUAGAUCGACACGAGAAAAUUGUUAAAAAAUCCUGUGCGUGUGUGUGUGUGGGUGUGCGUGUGUCUGUGCGUGCGUGCGUGUGUCUGUGCAUGCGUGCGUGUGUCUGUGCGUGCGCGGUAACUAGUAGCAUCGUUUUUAAACACUGCCAUCCACAUUUACUCGUGCGAUGUUACUAUACACGGUAAGCUGCAUUGGAGAUGCUAACCAGCCAGUUUUCUCCCAUCGCAUUUACUGGAAGGAUCCGAGUAUGAGCGCUAAUAAACUUGUGAAACUUUUA